AUGCCACCCCGGAUACAGAGCCGGCGCGUGUCCAACGCACUCCUUCCUUAUCUCACUUCCUCCUCCCAAUCCUCCUCCUCUCUAUCCUCUCCCCCUUCUUCAUGUCCCUCAUCACAACUUCUCUCGCGUCAAUUCUCCGCGACAGCAGCUCCCCAGACCAAGCUCCGCCGGCAAAUGUUCGAGUGGUUGAAUGGUCCAGGAGCUGCCCUCAAACACCACGUCCCGGGCGAAACCAAUUAUUUGAAAAGUGCCCGGGAUGGGGAUGCUGAGUCAAGUCGGCCAUUCCCAAACAACCGGAAUUUUCUUAGCGAGAGUAUCCUCAGCGAGGAUCUCCGAAAUGAGAUUUAUGUGCAGGUCGUGGAGAAGAAAAAGAGUCUGCGCGCUGUCAGUGUUGAGCUUGGUAUCGAUAUGAAGCGCAUUGCGGCUGUUGUGAGAUUGGUAGAGAUGGAGCGGCGGCAACGAGCACAGGGCAAACCUUUGGCGUUACCAUACGCCCGCGCAAUUCACGAGAUGGUUCCGACCACUCCGCUGGCCCAGGAUGGCGAGCGUCCAACUUAUCACGAACCCAUUAACACUCUCUCCGCCCACCCCUCCACCGGCGCCCAGAUCUUUUACCCUGUGCCCGAAUCCCGAUCCUUCACCCGUGUUGAUGCUGGGCGCGUCUUCUCUGGCGCCCCGGCCCUGGAGAAAGCUGUAGCUGACAAGAUCUCUCACCCGUCAGACCUUGUCGACGAGCUUAUUCAGAACCCUAACUCAAUCGAGUGGGUUGGCAAGGGCGAGAACGCGCGCCAGGUCCUCCAGCCUGCCGAUGUUCGUAUUCCACACCCGCAGCUUGUCAAGCUAGAACUUGACCGCAUGGCCAACCCCGAUGAGCGUCGCCAAGUAGCGGCCCGCCACGCGGAGCGCCUUGACAAGCAAGAGAAGGUCGAGCAGAAGCGCCGUGAGCUUUCUAAGGCUCGCCGCGAGAAGAGUCUUCAGCACGUCGAGCCCGAAGGUGGCCGCUUUGACUACCGCAUCCAGGACGUGAAGUUCACCAAGGAGACUACGGGUGCGGAUGGCCGCGCCCCUUGGGCUCCCGGCCGGCGGUACGGUGUGCCAUUCAAUGACCGCAAGCGCGGCACUGUCAAGAUCCCCACUCGUGUGGAGGCUUGA